CGUUUUUUCUCUGCCCCACCCCACACCGUGUCUCACUCUUUUCAACGCCCACUAGCACUAUGUUACCCUUGAUUUUUUAAAAUACACGUUCAGUUUUUCUUGCUUGCAUGCUAUGUCGUCUAGUGGAUCAAGAAGAGUGCAAUUUUCUACACAGAAUACUCAAAAACUCCCCAGACCAUCGAGAAAUUCUGUCAAGAAGAAUAAAGAAAGAACAAAAAAAAGCCGGAGAGCUUGGGAUGCUACAGUAUCUGACCUCUCGGUUCACAAGCUUUCUCGAGAGGAAGUUGAGUUGAGGCACAAGUCCCACAUGUCCAAAAAUGCUGAGUUAGCAAAGCAUGACCUCUAUGAGAAAGCGAAAGAGAACUACGACUUGGACAGCAGUGGUAACUUGCGGCCAUCACCAUUAGCAACGAGAGAGGGUUCUCUGCUGCGAUCUUUGCAAGGUAAAGAUCUCCAUGAGGUGUUGGCUGAAUCUGAUAGAGCCCUCAGGGUUGUUAAGGACAUGUUCGGAGAUGACCCCAUGCGUUACACUUGUCAGCCUAAUGUAACAGUGGCCCCCCACAUUGUGAAGAACAAGACCAACUUGGAGAGGACGUUGCAGGAGAGCCAUCGUGAUGGACCACCCCCUACAGCCCUUGCUUCUCCAGGGGGGAUAAGGGAUGAGAGCAUUCAGGAACUGGCACCCAGAAAACCAGCACUCAAUGAGAUACCAAGUCCACAAGGCAGCAAUGAGCAAUCUAUGGGCUCCACACUCACCCCCCACAACACUACCCCUCAAGGACGUGGCUACAAGCCAUCCCUAGAUCUUAAGCGGUUUCAGGAACUUAUAGCUAAAGAAGAGAAAAUUUACACAAAAGAUGUCCACACUGGAAAAACUGCGAGUAUUGAGCCACCCCCUGUAAUUAACCCUGAUAAUAAAGUAGACACAACUGGUAUCAAGCAUUCGACUUCGAGAUCACAAAAUAAAAACACACACAAAGAUAUCAAGAAUCUACCACCUCCUAAUCCACUGGUCAUCAAAACGAGGCCAACUCUCCGUGUGCAAGUUCCCAUGCCAACAGUAGAGGGUGCAGACAGUGAGAGUUUAAGUGGUCUGAGUGACAUCUCCAGUAUCCGGGGGGCUCAACCUGAGGGAGGGCAGGACCUCACUGUGGAGUCUGACACCUCUGUUAUUAUGCGAGGCACUGUGAUGAGACCUCCCUCGGAGCACCCCCUUCAUGUAGCACAUAAGAUGACCCCUGGCAAGAAAGCCACUGACAAUAUUUAUGGAGAACUAGGCGACCUGGAAAAGAUUGUCCACAAUCUCAACAAAGAGCUCCAAGAAUGUGAGUACUCUACGACAAUCAGGCCCCCGCACUCCACCAACAACACCCGGCUCAUGUCCAUCACGUCUACACUCCUUACGUCAGUGACAAAGAUCACCCGCUAUCUUCAAGAGAGCGAGGCCCAAUUGAGAGGAGAAGUAGAAGUGAGAGAACAUUUGCUGCAGACUAUGGCUGAGCAGCAAAACCUCAUGGAUGCUCUAACCUCUGAUGUCGUCAAACUACAAAAGGAAAGCAUGGCACUGAAGAAAACUUUGAAAGAAGUUCAACACACUACAUCCGAGCAGCUGCUUUCGAUGGAGAGAGAAGUGUCUGAUGUUCACAAGAAGCUCUCAACUUGGACCAACAAACAAACGCUAGCAGCAUCACAAACUUUACCUUCACAUCAGAUCCUAUCCACGAGUGUAGCACCGACGAAAAGUGAAGUCAAGGAUAAUACAAUGCCUAAAGAGGUUGAAACGAGUGUGUCAAACAGAAUGUGUGGUACUUCUGAACAGCUUUACCACCCAUCGCAUCAGACUGUAUUGUCCCGUAGUCCUACUACCAGUGUCUCCUCCUUUGAAUCUAUUCCUAUUGCACACCCUGUUCCAAGUCAACGAGCUCCCCUUCACCGCAUCACGCCUACGCUGGGUCAGCCUAGUCACGCAAGCCCUUACAUUCAAGCCCAGCUGUCUCCUCUCAGCUAUGACAUGACAACUUCUACUAGUAAGUUAGACGGCGGUGGCUUAUCAAGUGGUUUUAUUUCAAGAAAAGAAAGCAAAGAUCUCGAAGUCACUCUUGCUACAGAGAGUGAAUUUGCUGCAGGGGAUUCCCCCCAUGACAAUAUGUCCACCUUUAACGAUUCUUACGCUCCUCCCCCUCCACCAUUAAGUAUUGCACUACAAGUGCCAGUUCUUACAACACCCUCGGAAAUAAUGCGUACAUCCGUAGAUCCAUUGAGUUCUUUAAAAACAAACAGUGACCUGAUGUUCGAUGUAGCUGGAUUUUUGACUGAUCUUGGUAAACUUGGAACUGUUGAAGAAAAUGAAUUUGUACCAUAUUCCCCUAGUUCUCCGUUUUCAUCACACACGAGAAAAACUGCAAGUCGCACUUCACUGAUAUCGACAAAUAGUCAAGUCUCUUUCCCCGCUUAUACAACUAGCGCCAUCACCAAUCAUCCACCACUACCCACUAGUAGCACUGCGACAACUCCUGCCUUGCCAAAUAUGCAAGCUUUUCAGCAAAAACCAUCUGUAAAUGUUGUUAAACCAGAAAUUUCCCUGACUACUAACACCACUACUAAACUCACUACUAAACUGUCUCCACUAAAAGGCCUUCCCACACCCCAGCAAGGACUCCAAGCUCCAGAUCUCUCUAUGUCUCUUUUCUCUACCAUCACUGAGCAGCAGGAAAACUCACCAGUUGUGCGAGGGUCACUCAUCCCAGAGGAGACUUGUGUGAAGAAUUCGAUGGUUGGUGAUAACAUGUUGCUACAUAGCCACCCCCAAAGAGGACAAUUAAAGCAGAAUGGAUGGUUUGCACUCACCUCACACGUGCCUCAACAUUGACAAAGUAAGACACAUUGUAUGAACUAUGACACUGAAUUUAUAUAGUGUAUUAUUACGGCAUACCUUAUCACUUAUUUCAAUUUCUAACAAUUGCAUCAUUAUAAUUAUUGCUUCCUUGA